CCUAAUGACCAGCUAUCAUCAAGUGCUAGCAUAUUUAAGCAGCCAAGGCUAGUGGGGCGUAAUUGCAAGGAAACAGCUGCUUCCCUCGGAGAGUCUGAUUCACCCGGCUCAGACGAAGUGGGAGGGUUAUUAAAUCAAAAAUGCCUCUACAUUUUGCAGCCAUGACUCGCAUUGCAACCACGGACGCUGAUGACACCCUAUGAGACUGAGAGACACUGCAGCAUCGCGGAUUCACCCUGCGACGGAGACGCUCACUUCACGGCCCCUAAAUGUAUUGGACUGUGCAAAGGCUGUGGACCCGCUGUCUUGUGAAUGCAUACAAGCAACAAAUGACUUGAUAAUCAUGGGAAACAAGCAGACUAUUUUUACAGAUGAGCAACUCGAUGCCUACCAGGAUUGUACUUUUUUCACUCGCAAAGAAAUCUUGCGGUUGCAUGGUAGAUACCAUGAACUGGCUCCGCAUCUGGUGCCAAUGGACUACACGAAAGAGCCUGAUUGUAAAUUACCUUUAGCCUUGAUAGUCAACAUGCCAGAGUUAAAGGAAAAUCCAUUCCGUAACAGGAUUGUUGAGUCUUUCUCAGAGGACGGCAUGGGAAAUCUCAGCUUCAAUGAAUUUGUGGAUAUGUUCUCAGUCCUUAGCGAAAUGGCUCCGCGGGAACUGAAGGCCAUUUAUGCCUUCAAAAUAUACGAUUUCAAUGUAGAUAACUACCUUUGCAAAGAGGACUUAGAAAAAACUCUAAACAAGCUGACAAAGGAGGAGUUGACUCCAGAGGAGGUGCAGCUCGUGUGCGAGAAGGCCAUCGAAGAGGCUGAUUUGGAUGGAGACAAUAAACUCUCCUUUGCUGAUUUUGAAAAUAUGAUAUCAAGGGCUCCUGAUUUCUUAAGUACUUUCCACAUACGAAUCUGAGAGGGCUCCAUGGUGAAGCUGAGCACAGUGCCUGUCUGCUACUCCAAAUCAUCCGUCUGUCCUCUCCAGCUUCUGCUGCCCUCACCUCUGCGACAUGUGCUCAGAUAGAGUGCAAAACACUGAAUGGAGUGGAAUUCUCAGGAUGCUGGAUGUUUUAACAGAUGAACCCAUUUGAUUACACUUGUUAAAUCACCACCAAUGAAAGGGCUCGGCCUGGGUUUCUCUGUUCAAUUAAUGGACUCCUUGCAGAGGAUGGGAAAUAAGACUGGCAAGAACCUUACAAUGGAUUUCGGGAUUUACGGCACAUCAAAUAAUGCAUAAAAAGUCGAUCUACCUACAGUAUAUUGCACAUGUCGUACACCCACUCCCAGUCUUCCUAGAUAUUCUGUAUCUAUCGAAGGACUGUAUAGCAUAUCAUUGGGGGCAUAAAUGAGCUACGUAUAUGCACUAUUUGUAAAUGCAUGGUAAACGUCUGGCUCUUUCGCAGCAUAUUGCUUAUUUCAUGUUAUGGUUAUGCUUGUGGAAUUGUAGCCUAAUGACAAUCGUAUUUUAAUUUUCUCCAGCUGAUUGAAGGGCUAGCUUCCCUUUUCUGCCUUGGCCAUUACCAUGAGGUGUUCCUACAGCCCUUUUUUGAAUAGGCAUUUUUCAAGUUUUACAUGGAUUGCAUUAUUUGGAAUAAAUGUCUUCUCUGUGACUUUAGACCUCAUUGGGCUUUUUUUGUAUCAAUAUGUGGAGAGUAGCACACUUACUAAAGCUAAUAUGCCCAGUGUUUUAAUGUUUUCAGCUCCAAUCCCGUCUCUAUAAUCAAGCGUGAUGAAGGAGGAGUGUGCACAAUAAAGAUCAGGAGGUUUUGGA